AUGCCAUUUUGGGGCCGCGUAGGCGUGGUGGCAGCGGCGGGGACGGCGGCGGGGGCGGCCUGGUGGUACCUGAGGGAGGAGAAGGAGCGGCGGCGGCGGGCGCGGCGGCAGGAGGAGCUGCGGACGCUGGCACUGGGCCAGGGGGAUUUCCAGUUGGUGGAUCACACCGGCAGAGCCCGCCGCAAGUCAGACUUCCUGGGCCGCUGGGUGCUGCUCUACUUCGGCUUCACCCACUGCCCUGACGUGUGCCCGGAGGAACUGGAGAAACUGGGCAGGGUGGUGGAGCUGCUGGAGCAAGAGGAUGUGCGGAAAGGCACCCAGAAAGGUACCCUUCCCCCCAUCCAACCCCUCUUCAUCACGGUGGAUCCGGAACGGGACAGCGUGGAGGCCCUGGCCCGGUACCUCCGAGACUUCCACCCCCGCUUGCUGGGAUUGACCGGGAGCGCCGAGGCAGUGCGGGCGGCGGGCAAAGCCUACAGGGUCUAUGCCCAGGCAGGGCCCCCCGAUGCCAGCGGGGAGUACUUGGUGGAUCACAGCAUCAUCCUCUACCUGCUGGGCCCUGAUGGGCUCCUCCUCGACUACUAUGGCAGGGCCAAGAGUGAGGAGCACAUCGCCCGCAGCGUGCGGCACCACAUGGACACCUACCAGCCCCUCCCCAUGCCCACCCAGGGGCAGAAAAAGUGAUGGUUGGCACCUGAUUGGCACUGCCUCGGGGCAAUAAAGCUGCUUGGGACUCACCCCAGGGGCAUUAAAACUGAUUGGGAUACCCCCAGGGCAUUAAAACUGGUACUCCUCUGGGGCAGUAAAAGUGAUUCACACCACAUGGGCACCUACCAGCCCCUCCCCGUGCUCACCCAAGGGUAGAAAAAGUGAUGACUGGCACCACCUCAGGGCAAUAAAGCUGC